AUGGCGCUCGAAUCGCUGAAGAGGUCCUUCGGGACUAUGAUGAAUAUUAAGAAGAAGAAAGAGCCAUUCGAAGAUUCUAUCAUGACAACCGACUCUCCCGGUCAAAGCUUUGGCAGCCUAAGCUCGUGCGCCAUGUCCAUUGAUAGCGAAGACGCUCCACAAGACAGCGGCGUCGACAUCAACAGCCCACCAGUACCGCCUCCCAACACGCAGUCUGACCAGUACAACGCCAUCGACACCGUAAACCUACACAUCAACCCCAACCCUAUCAAGACUACAACCCAAACGUCUCCCACUACCCCAACAUUCACCGGCCUCCCUCCCACUCUCCGCGCACUAAUCUGGUCCUACGCCGCUCCCGCCCCGCGAACCCAUUUCCUCGAACUCCACACCUACAACACCAUCGACCACAUCCCGCGUCUCCGCUACAUUCCCCCACUCCCACCGCUCUUCUCCACCAACCAAGAAGCCAGAAACUUCAGCAUUGCACAUGAAGGUGGAGAACUCGUUAGUUUCACUUCGGAGAGCUUUACCGCUUUAUUCUCUUUUUACGGCCGAAAGAUCGGCGGGGAAGAACAGGAGAAGGAGUUCUACUUCAAUUUCGACAGGGAUAUCAUCUGGUUGAGUGCGAGAUUUACAGCUGCGUGCAAUACCACUGAGACAGUUCGGCUCACAACAUUGUCUUCUAUCCUGCCGCAGGCCAGUCUAUCCCGCAUUCAGCGCCUCGUUAUCUCGUACUCGGGUCUGGACUCUUACGCGCUCAUCGGUUCCUACUUGCGCCCCUUUGCGCGUCUUGAGACGUUGUAUCUAUGUAUGAACGAUACACGUAUGAAGGAGAAUGUGAAACGGUUGCUCAAGAAAGGUGUACCCGCUGAUGGCGUGACAUCGGAGAAAUUGAGGAGCAUGAUUGAGCAGACUGAGGCUGAUGAAACGGAUGAUGAUGAAGAGAGCGAGGAUUUGGCUACGGAGAGGUUGGAGGUGAGGGCGAGGAGGAGGGUGCUGGAAGCGUACUUGAGGCUAGGAGAGUAG